UCAUUGGGUGGUGUUGGCAUUGGCAACUUCACAGUCCAAGGCACUGCUGAUCCAAACUCCUAUGGUAUGUAUACCACAGAAGUGAAGUUGGGAUCUCCACCAAAAACAUUUACAGUUAUGAUUGACACCGGAAGUGACCUUUUGUGGGUCAAUUGCAAAACUUGUAGUAAUUGCCCUCAAUAUAGUGGACUUGGGAUUAAGCUGAAUUUCUUUGAUAUGGCUGAUUCAUCCACCAAUUCAUUGGUUAAUUGCUCGGAUCCCAUGUGUCCUUUUGGAGUUCAAGGUGCAGAUGUUCAAUGCUCUUCUAGUGUUAACCACAACCAGUGCAGUUACUCCUAUUAUUUUCAAGAUGGAAGUGGUACCUCCGGUGUUUAUCUCACAGAUAAAAUUUAUUUUGACACAAUCAUUGGACGGUCUUCUCCUAGUAGUGGUAACACGUCGGCCACCGUUUUUUUGGGGUGUAGCACCCAGCAAUUUGGACAAUUGACUAACCCAGUGAGAGCACUUGAUGGAAUCUUUGGGUUUGGACUUGGCCCUCUAUCAAUUGUAUCACAAUUGUCACCACAAGGAAUAAUACCCAAAAUUUUCUCUCAUUGCUUGAAAGGAGAUGGCAAUGGAGGAGGCAUUCUGGUUCUUGGUGAGAUAGUGGAGCCAAGUAUUGUUUACAGUCCACUUGCCCCAUCGCAGCCUUACUACAACUUGAAUCUUGAGAGCAUUGCUGUCAACGGGCAACUUCUCUCAAUCAAUCCAGUAGUAUUCGCACCAUCAAAAUCUGGCGACCGAGGAACUGCUAUUGACAGUGGUACAACAUUGGCAUAUCUUGUUCAAGAAGCCUUCGAUCCUCUUGUCAAUGCAAUAACUACUGCUGUGUCACAAUUUAGCAGUCCCUCUAUAUCAGAAGGAAACCUGUGUUAUUUGGUCUCAACCAGUAUAGAUAUGUUUCCUUCAGUCAGUUUUAACUUUGCGGGUGGGGCAUCCAUUGAGUUGAAACCAGCACAAUACCUUGUGCACUAUAUUUUAAUGGACGCUGCAAAAUGGUGCAUAGGUUUUCAGAAGGUGGAAAGAGGAUUCUCAAUAUUAGGAGAUCUUGUCCUAAAAGAUAGAAUAGUUGUCUAUGACUUGGCUAAUCAGCGCAUUGGAUGGACCAACUAUAAUUGUUCCAUGCCCGUCAAUGUCUCUGUGACUCUAAGCAAGGACAAGAACGUCAAUCCAAGAAAUAGAUGGUCGAGUGCCAGCAGUCUAGAGAUAAGGAUUCUCUCCAAGCUAUUAUAUGUAACAUUGUGGCUCUUUUUAUGCCUAUAAUACAAUCUUCAUGAAGUCACCACAUUGUAAUUUAAAUCCAAUAUUCAAGUGACAGCUCAUAGAAAAGGAAAAAUACGAUCUUAAUUGAUGUAAUUUUACUAAUUAAUUGUCAUCUCCUUUGUGACUUAUUAACACCUAAAGUCAAUUCUACCAAUAACGAUAUGCAAUGGGUUAUGAUAUUAUCAUCAAAA